AUGUGUAAGCAAAGAUGGAAUGGAUAUCACGUGAACGAAAAUUGCAAUGCUGCGUUAAAGUCAAUUCUUUACAACAUAUUGACAGAAGACAAGUAUCUGCGUACUUACCGUAGAAGUAUUAGUUUUGGACAAAAUGUAAACAAAGACCUGAUACCUUUAUUAAUACAUGCAAAGGAAGAUGUAACAAUAGAGCUUUUGAUUAGAAUAUUAGUCAACUUGACAAUACCUAUCGAGUGCUUACUAUCAGUUGAUGUUAUUUCAAAGAAUGACUUUGGGAGACAUACAAUAUUUGAAAUAAACAAUUUACUCGCAUCCACCAAAGCAGCUUUCACGGAUCAUCGAGCUACGAAAGUGAUUAUUGAGUUUGUGAAGAAAAAUGUUGACUUUGAGCAAAAGGCAAAGUUGUCAUCUGUACAAUGCACAAACAUUAGUAACAGCCUUCUAUUGCUCAGAAACAUUUUGCACAUACCUGAGGAGUCAUUUGGCCAAAGUCCAAGCUACAAUGGCCCCACACACGCCGUACAGAAUCAAAUACUUUGGAAUAUUUUUAGCCAAAGUAUUGAUAAAGUUCUCAUUAUGUUAAUGACGAUCCCAGAUGCGAAUAAAUGGGCGGUAACUAUGGUUCAACUGAUAGCCCUCCUAUAUAAAGAUCAACAUGUAGUAACUUUACAUAAGUUACUUAAUUUAUGGCUUGAAGCCUCUUUAUCUGACAGUUCCGAAGACAAUGAAAGUAAUACAACCCCACCUGACAGAGGUAGCGAGGACUUUUCACCAACAUUCACUUCGGAUCCUACGUCGGAUUCUUCGGACACGGGUGCCAGUGGCAAGAACAACGAUGAACUUAAUUUAUUAAAUAAAGCCUGGGAUGCAUCGUCUCAAAUGAACAUCACCAGUGAAAACGGUAGUCAAACAUUUCAAUCUCUAAAUGAAAAAGACUUGAACUCAAGAAGUGACAAUAUUUGCAUCGAAAAUACCAACGGCGGUAUCAUGAAAUCCGAUUACGAAAAGGAGACAACUUGCAGCAGCGGUGUACAGUCCGAUGCUAGAAGUGAUCAAGUAUUAUCAUCAAACAAAAAUGAUAAAAAGAAUGUGAUCGCUGAAAAUUCAGAUUGCGGAUACGGCACACAAAUAGAAAACCAAGAGUCUAUAUCAACAUCUAGUAAUGAGGACGAAUUGCCAGCCAAGAAACCAGUGCAUCAGAAACCGCACAAUCCGAAACAGAGAAUAAACAACAAGGUGCGCUCGUGCGUUACUAUGCAGGAUCGGAAGCGGAAAAAGAUUGUGAAGAGAGGAAAAGCUAAUAUCAUCAACGUACAAGGCCUGUCAUAUAAAACGCCCACAGACGAAGAUAUAUCGAAUGUUCUUAAAGAAUUUACUGUCGAUUUUCUCUUAAAGGGAUACAAUUCAUUGGUGCAGACCCUUCACAAUCAAAUUCUCACUAACUUGCAAUUGGAAAUUGACACAUCGCAUUUUUUUUGGCUCGUUACCUAUUUUCUAAAAUUCGCUACACAGAUUGAAUUAGACAUAGAACACGUAUGCUCGGUACUGUCAUUCGACAUUAUAUCAUAUUUGACGGCUGAAGGUGUUAACUUGUGUGAGCAGUUUGAACUUGCUAUCAAACUGGAUGGCAACGACUUGAAGCCAAACAUUAGAAGACUUCAUUUGGUAGUCACAGCUUUGAGAGAAAUUAUUCAGGCUAUAGAAGUGUAUAAAAAGUUUUCACACAUUAGCAAAGACGAUCAAGAAGCGCUUGUCAAUUUACAAAUAAAGAUAUGUGAGACCGAGGAAUUGCGGUCACUACUUGUACUGCUACUGCGUUAUUACAAUCCAAAAUAUAACACAAAACAAUACUUGCAGGAUCUUGUGGUAACCAACCAUAUACUAUUAAUGUUCUUAGACGGUGCUAUAAAGCUACCAGAAUACUCGGGGACAACUAAUAUACUUGAGCAUAUUGGACAGUUUGCUACAUCUGAUAUAAUGUAUCAGUACGGACUGUUGCUGGAAGAUUAUGCCGGUAACGGUGAAUUUGUAAAUGAUUGCAUAUUCACACUAAUGCACCACGUUGGGGGGGAACUCGGAAGUUUGAUCACAUUGUUCCAGCCAAAGAUUUUAAAAACAUUUACCUCCAUAUGGAAAUCUGAGUUUGAAAUUUGCGAUGAUUGGUCUGAUCUUAUAGAGUAUGUAAUAAAUACUUUUAUCAAAAAACCAAAUUCUUUGCAAAGUACUGCUAAUUGCCGGCUUGACACUGAAAGCUUUGAUGACGACAAGAUUGUGACGAGACCUAGUACUACCCCAAUGUCACAAAAGAAGCUUGACGCCAACGCUGUUGACAUGGUAAUAAAUCAAAAGUCCGCUCACAUUAACUUCAACAACACUUCCAAGGAAAAGUGGACAGAGGAUGAGCUAUCUUCAUUAAGUUGGAAUUACAUGCAGUGCAGUUCGUAUCCUGAUGUUGUGGGUGAAAUCAUUAAGUUGUUUAAAGAAGAUGGUGUAAUUAAGUCCAGAGACUCGGUUAUUCACGAGCUUUUCAAACAAAAUGCGAUAAACAAAGAGGAAUAUGAGAAACUCGUAAAAGGAGAAACUGAUAGAAUCUCUAAAACCGUACAGGUCAAUAAAAAGAUGAGAGACGAAGAAAUUGGCAAACUCUGUAAACAAUUAACUCAAGAUGGCAAGUUAAAGUGUUUGGAAUGGGUUCAAAAAGUAUUACUAGACACGUGUUUUGUCAAGAUAUGUUUAGAGAAAAGAUCUAGGGAGAGUGAAAAUGAAAACAUAUCAGAUAAAACCAAAUGGAUGAAGCAAAAAACAUCAAAAGAUAAGAAUGUUCUUUCACCGGUGUCCUACCAUUCGCUUGUUUUCAACCAGUCCGUACCGCUAGUACCGUGGAAUUGCAAGCAAGCAUCUAUCUGCAAGGACUUGAAGUUCCUCCAGUUGUUACAUAAGCUCGGAUUCCAUAUGCCCGUCGACUCGGGCAAAGUUUUUAUUCGAAUACCUCAUUUCUGGACUGCUGAUUCUUUGUACGAUGUAGCUGGUAAAAUAUUACCGAUUGACGAAGCUAAGUUGAAGUUCUCCAUAAACGACAUAUCAGACAGCAGCAUUACAAACUCGAAGCGACGAGAUAGUUUGAUAUUAUCAGCUUAUCUCACAAAAGAUAUCACCAUGAUAGAGGCUUCAGACAACUUUUAUCAAGUUCGCAAACAGAAAAAUCUUGCUACAAUGGUGAAUUACACCCCUAUGCCUGGAUCUUCCUUUAACUCAGAAGCUAAUAAUGUUGACAAACACAACUGGUUGGAGGUCGUACAAAAAUCACAGGAAGUCAAAAUCGCCUUAAAUAUAGAAAGUAAUAUCAUAGAAGAGGACGUCAUAAUGCAACCACCCCUGAUAGACAAAAAGGUGUUGGUGCCUCCAUUGAUGCUGGCGAACAUUCCAUCGGAUCCAAGUUCAUCGAUGGAAGAUUCUUGUCCUCAAUUCCCCGGCUCCUCUCUCAUGAUGCCCAAAAUAAUGAGAAUCAAACAAGAAACAUCGCAUUUCAAUGUUCAAGUUGCUGAAUCAGACUGCAACAACAGUGUAUAUGAAACGGCAUCGGUGGCUUCGGAUUUGACGCGAAUGUACGUUUCCGAUGAAGACGAAAAAGCAGACGAAAUUUUGGUGCGACCCGUCAUUCAAGUAAAUCCAGACGACCAAAUGGCGGUAGAUGAUUCCGAGAACGACAAUGCAGGAAAACGUCCCAGAGUACAAUUUUAUCCUUCAUUUUAA